UCGGAACACACAUCUGCAGUGGUCACGUGCGAGGGCGGUUGCAGAGGUGAAUUUCAUGGCUGACGUGCGGAGGAGAUUGCCUCUGCUGGUACUCGCUAUCGUCGUCUUCCUGAUUGUCGUCUUCCUCUACGUGUGUUUUUCGUGGCGGCCGUGGAAACAACAACGCAAGAGGAGGGCUUCGACGAGACGGGCGGCAGGCGAACGUCUAAUGGCGGGCAUGCAGGCACGACCGGCUGCUGCCGCACGUCAGGGAGGAGUUCGAUCUUCUACGGCGGAGCCUCGACGGCGGUACGACCCGUCCAUGUACACCCAUCUGGAGUCGUGGGACACGCCAUUGCCCCCGUCGGACGAGGAGCCGGAGAAGGAAGAACUUUCGACGUUGCCUCUCGCUAGCGGCUCGACUCAGUUGUGGUCGCAGACGGUGCGAGCAGGCGGGUCGGCUCCCGACGAAGGGGGCGAGUUCACGUCAUUGCUCCAUCAAGGCUUGCGGGAUGACGACGGCGGAGGAGUUGAUCUGAGGUUCGAGUUGUGUUCUGGCGGCGACAGGGAGGCGAGUCGUACGUUCAUCAUCGACGGAGAUCGUUCGGCACGUGGCGUUGAGCAUGGUGGAAGUUUGCAUACGGAGCAGUCCACACUUCGUCGCGCUGCACCCGUGAUUGGCACGGUCGGGCCAUCGCCAGCGGGACGGCAGCAUGGAUCGACUGCUCCGUCCGUCAAUCGAUUGACACCGACCUGGCCCGCACCCCUCGGGGUGGCAGCAGGGCCCCUGCGCAUGGGCGGUGCACGUUCGUUGAUGCCUGCGUGCACAACACCGGUCGAAUCCGGAGUGAGGGACGAGGGAACGUGCAGAGCGCCGGUACAUCUACGACCCACUGUGGAGAACAUAACACGUGGAGUGUCGAACAUGCGGGCACACAGCGAUGGAGGCGAAGACGACGUUGGCUUCGGUGAUGACGCAGACGAAGGGAUGAGGGAAGACGUGGAAGCGGGGGACGACGACGACGACGUUCCAAUUCGACCUUUGGGGAAGACGACUGGGAGCGGGAAAGGACGCGGCAGAGGUGGUGUCCGUGGUCGAUCCGUUGGCCGUGGAGGCAGAGGUGGCGUAAGUGACGACGCCGGGAAGUCUCCGACGUACUGGUUUGCAGAAGACCAAAUGCUCCUGGUGCGAUGCAAGCGGGAGCAAGAUAUGCACCUCGUCGGCUUGUCUCACAAUUACGGGCGGAUGAAGACGAAAGAGUGGAAGCUGACGAACAAAGAGAGGAAGGAGCACAACUUCAAGUUCCAAAUGGACAGGGCGUUGUACAACGAGAUCCACGCAGGCAUGGUGGGGAACCACACGAUUUUCCCUCCCAACGUUGCCGACACCGGCAGUCCGGAUGGGGUGCAGCUGCCCAGGCGAGGAGCGGGUGGCGGGGAGUCUGUUUGUAGUGAGGCGGCCGGUGAAGGCUGCCCUGACGAGCGUUCUUCUGCGAGGGAGUCCGACAGCAACGUAGACAGCGAGGCGGGAGGCGGGAAGCGAAAGAACGCGCGUGAGCAGGCAUUCGAGUCCAUCUCUGAUGUCAUGGAACGCCAUGGCGCACUGAUGUCGUCGACGAUCGAAUCGUCUAGCAAGGGGCAAUGCAGCAUCUUCACGAGGCAAUGCGACAUAUUGGAGCAGGAAGUUGCCGUCCAAAAAGCGCACUAUGCGGCGUCCGAUGAGAUGCAGAGGAUGAUGUGCCAAGCACUGUUGGAGAUCGCUGCCGCCAUCCGUGGUCGGUCGGCCAUCCGAGCGCUACACCGAGAUCGCUUGUGGGGGUCCCCAGCAAGCAUGUCUGCUCGAUUGAACGCCCGUGGCAAGAAGCGCGAUGUCGCGUUUGAUGAAACCCAAGCCCAGGGGAAAGGUCGUCGGCACGUCCCGAAGGCGAAGAGGCCACGUUUGGAUGAUGCGUCAGCAAGCGUGCCGCAUUGUGGUGCGCGAGGUGGGUCGCAGUCGGCGGAAGAGGACAACGACGAUGAUUUCAUGACGGAGGACGAUCAAGGCGAGGCGACGGCAUCUGCAGGACGGGAGAGUGUCAGGCAGCGUACUCCGGAUCAGAGCGCUUCGAAGAGGAUGUCAACCCCUCCGCCGGAGGCAGUAGCUGCUGCGACACAAGCGACCACAGCGGCGGUGUCGACGGCUCGCGCUGCGGACGACGAAAGGCCGAUCACAGGUGCACUGCCCUGCACGCCGUCUCAGCCGCGUCAGCGCAACGACAGUGGUGACGGUGCGUCUUGCCAACGAGGUGGUGGUGGGGGAGUCGUGGCAGACGUGCAUGCAGCAGGAGGGGAGGCGGCAGGUGGCGCGGGUGUGGCUGUUGCAAGUGUUGUCCCUCCUGUUCCGGCGGCGAGAGAGGAGGCUGCAGUUCCGGCGACGGUGAGAGAGGAGGGUCGUGGACAGAACACGAACCAACGCGAUGGCGGCGAGGCCGCUUCAAGCCGGGCACGCAGGGGAGUAGUGAUGAAUGAACUUAUCGACCGUGCGCUUCUUUGGGUGGAUGACAAAUGUUUCUGGACAACGGGUGAAGGACGCAGACUUUACAACAUCGUCCACGAAACCAAAGAGUACUUCGUCGCCAUCGCCAGCAGGCUUCCGCCAGCUCAACUUCCGCGGAGCGUUGUCGUUCCCAAAUCCAGCACGAGGGUGGCCAGGAUCGCAGACCAAUCACAGCUCCAGCAGGCGAUCUCCCGUGCGGCGGCGGUGGAGAAUAUAGCUCUGCGCAUCUUGCACGGCUGGGUUUCAACCAUGGACAUUGCACGUGCAAUGUGGUACGGCGAGGAGUGGCGCAACGUCGUCAACGCGCCGAUCUGCGCCCACACGAUAGAUCUUAACAUGGACCUUCCACUGUGGUACGCCGACGCGAAUAUCGAGGACAGACCUGAGGACGACGACAUGGCUGCAUACCAGGAGUCCACCGUCAUCAGCAUCGCGCAUUCGUUCCGCGCGGCGGUGCAAAUGGGCGCUCACAUCGAUGGCGAUUUCAUCUCCUACGAGCGUCUAUGUCGGGCGGCCGACUGCUUCAGGCUGUUGCUGGCGGCGUCCAUGUGGAUUAUGCGCAUGGCGGGAGACGAUCCGCGCAGUGACUACGAAGCGUUUUACUUCGCGGAUCUCAUCGCUAGGCCGACACUAAUCGCCUCCAUGCAUAGGUCCUUCGAUCAUCAACGAUCCGUCGUCCGCGCCGCGAACGUCGUCACGGAGCGGCUUGGGAAGGAGAAAGUCACGCUCGUAGUGUACCCCGACUACAUCCCUGAUUGGGCACCAUGCGGCAUCGGAUUUGCGCACGACGCGACCAUCAAGGGGCCGGAGGAUGCGAAGAGGCUGGAUUGGUUGGGUUCGGGCCCCGCCGAUGAUAACAUCAAAGGCGAAGGAAAAGACGACACAUAAGGCAGGCUGGUAUGCGGGGGGAGAGCGGGGAGACAACGCUUCUAAGAACGAAGGCGCAUAUGUCGUGCGUGUCAUGCAGUGUCCUUGUCUGCGUUUCACUUGUUCUUGUUCUUCGUAUUGGCUUCACGACAUGCAAUAGACAUGUGAUGAUCACGGAUUGAGAGAAUGCAUGACGGGAUCGUAUAGAAGCUUGUUGUACAUGUCAUCCCACCUGAACAACACACGAAAUUGGUCAUGGAAACUGAAAUGAAGAUAUGCACCAAAAAACGAUAAAGAUAAUCAACAUUU